CUCAAGUUCACCGGCAAUGAUUAAUUAACCUCAGCAUUGGCCAAUUUCUCUUUUUCCAACCGAAUAAUCUUGCGUCUUUCCUACCCAAUAUGGCUUUUCAAUUUCACACAACUACUUUUGGCCUGCUAAUGCGAUUACUUUCUGGCAAUAAAAUCUUUCAAUAUCCCGAUGAGAUCGAUCCACUGCUAUGGAAAAAGUUUCUUCGCCAAGAUACAUCCGAACAUGCAAAUGACUCUGGCGGAGGAUCGAGUAAAAACGAGGCAGAUGAGAAUAGUGCUCUGCAGGACACCGUCGUUCACGAUGGUGACAAUGAGAUUCUCCUAGUAGAGUGGUAUGGACCAGAUGACCCCGAGAAUCCUCGAAAUUGGCCAUUGGCCUGGAAAAAUCUCAUGAUGUUUCAGCUUUGUGUCCUAAAUUUCGCUGUCUACAUGGCAAGUUCUAUCUAUGUCCCAGGUGAGCUGGGCGUUAUGGAAGACUUUGGUGUCAGUGAGAUCGUAGCGACCCUGGGCCUCUCUCUCUUCACUCUCGGAUAUGGUGUCGGCCCCAUGUUAUGGUCUCCAUUAUCUGAGAUGCCAAAAAUUGGACGCAGUGGUAUCUUCUUCUGGACACUCUUCGCCUUUAUCUUAUUUCAGCUUCCCGUUGGAUUUGCUCCAAAUAUUGCAGUCUUUCUCGUCUUUCGUUGGGUGACGGGCUUCUGUGGUAGCCCGUGCUUAUCCACCGGUGGCGGCACCAUCCUUGAUCUAUACGACCCCUCUGUCGCCUCCUAUUUACUGUGCAUUUGGGGAACAGCUGGCCUCUGCGGCCCUGUAUUUGGUCCAAUCAUUGGCGGAUAUCUGGUCCCUGCCAAAGGAUGGCGCUGGACAAUAUGGAUCAUUACAUGGAUUUGCACGCUGGUUUUGGCCGCAAUGUUUUUCUUUUUCCCUGAGACCAGCGCAGCGAACAUACUGUACAAGAGGGCCAAAAGAUUGAGGAAGGCGACUGAGGACAGUCGACUUAGGAGCCAGUCCGAGAUUGACGCCGCGCAUUAUACCACAAGAGAUCAUCUAAUCGUCCUCUCCAGAGCUUUUACUUUGACAUUUUCUGAGCCCAUAGUUCUACUCAUGAACUUGUACGCCGGUCUCCUGUAUGGUAUACUGUUCAUCUGGUUCGAGUCAUUCCCGCUCGUGUUCGGAGAUAUUUACGGCUUCAACCAAGGCGAACAAGGCCUGGUUUUCCUAAGCAUUUUCAUCUUUGCUCUCAUCUCAUUGGCACUCUUUUUACUAUGGAUCAGAACCAGCCUUGUCCCAAAAGUCAAUAAGCCGGGCUUUACGCCAGAGAUGGUCCUUCCUCCAACGUUUUUGGGAUGUCUCGCUCUUCCAAUUUGCCUAUUCUGGUUUGGCUGGACAUCAAGGGCGAGUAUUCACUGGAUCGUCCCCACCAUUGGAUCGGGCCUCUUCUCUAUUGGGGUUGUCACGUUGUUUAAUCCGCUAUUCAACUAUCUAGGCAUCGCAUAUCCCGCAUACGCAGCGUCCAUAUUCUCGGGGUCUGCACUUUUCCGUGCCUCAUUCGGUGCCUCAUUUCCACUCUUCGCGCGCCAACUCUUCCUCCAACUAGGCCUUGGCCCAGGUAACUCGCUUCUCGGUGGUAUCGCCGUGCUAUUUAUUCCAGUCCCCUUCGUUUUCUACAAGUUCGGGGGAAAGAUCCGUCAUAUGAGUAAGAAUGCUCGGCACGAUUUAUAAGAACAUUGUGCAACAGCUAGACACUCAAUGCAACAACAGUCAUCGCAGAUCGAUAAACUCAUUAAGAAUAGCUUCUGGGCUUCUUAAUGAAAGAAAAUUCAAGGAUUAAGAAAAUCUUUAUCAAUUGGGAGACGUACUGAAUGGCAGCGAGGAGGACGAUGUUUUGAGGUACCAGAAGAGAAAUAGGAAGAAAAUGUGCUGAUGUGAAGCAAAGAAAACUCCAUAGAUAAAAGUGGGUUAGGCAUAUUAGACUGAAGCGACUUUUGGUGCACAGCUCAAUGAGUUUGCAUUGGUCAAAUGCAUUUAUAAUUGCGAUAACCUGGUUCUGACGAUAUUUCUAGUAUUCCAAGUUGUCCUUUUUGUAUUGCGUGCUGAAUCUAUGUACCUAGGUAGAAUGAAGAAGAUAAACUCUCAUUUUAGGCCAUUACAGAUGUUAGAUUAGCGGAUGCACUCACUCACGAUAGGCAGGCGGGGAAUAAUACAGGGCAAGCAG